GUCGUACUCAGGCCGGUGCCAGAGGAGGGCGGGUUUCUGGGAAGAGCCGGGAGACACAUAUUGAUUGAAGAGGAGGGGGAGGGGAGAUGCAGGCGUAGCUGAGCAAUCCAUGCUAAAGGAGUCUGCAUAUGUCGGAAUUUCCGAUAUGUGUAGACCUCUCGGGCAGCUCGCCUGCCCAUUUCGUGAUCCGUCAAUGAGCUGCAUUAUCGGACUUUCCUAUUAAAUAUGCCACGAUCGGUUUUAAGAACGCUGAUCUUCAGGGCGAUUCUUGGCAAUUUUAUUCUGGGUUUAAAUCGUACAGUAGUGGGUCCAAGGUUGGGGUGGCUGUUCAGUUCUCGUGUUCCCUUUGACUUCCGUAGGCUAUCUGGAGCUCUGGGCUCGCACUACAGAAUUUUGGCCUGCGCGGUGCGGGAUUUGAUCAUGAUCCGAAGUGGACGAUGGAGCUUUCGAAAGAAAUAGGACUUUCAGGAGAUUUUGGCAUUCGCUGAUUGUCGAAUUCUCAGAGUACAUGAUGGCGCUCGACACUGACGGAAAGUGGUGUUGCUUCAGAUUUCCGAUUUCGCGAAUCAUGAACGCGCUGCCGAUCGCCAUUUUCUUGUUUGUGCUCAUCCCUCAAUCGUGGGCAGCGUCUCAGCUCGACGAGCUGCACUGCGAGCUGACCGUGCGAUCCUGGUCCGAAAAAGAACUCGCGGCUCCGCAGAAUUUUCAAAAGUUGAAGCUACGGGAUCUCCUGUUCUUUCUCCAUAUUCCCAGAACUGGUGGGCGGACUUAUCACCAAUGCUUUCUGAAACACCUCUUUGGAUCUGAUGAGCGAUGCCCAAGGUCUUAUGACAAGCUGAGAUUCGACACCAGCCGACCAGGAUGCCGAUUAAUCUCUACGCAUGACGACUACAGCAUGGUGCAGAAGCUUCCCGAUGGGAAAGCUUCCGUGAUUACCAAUCUUCGCGAGCCAGUUGCGCGUGUCCUCAGCUCCUAUGAAUUUUCUGUCGAAGUUGCGGCGAGGUUCUUAAGGCACUACAAGACUCGACAGACUAGUACAGAGUCGGCUUUGAAGGAUACUUUCCCUUUCACGCAUAAGACUCGAACGACGAGAACAGGGCUCAUGAGCACUCUUGAUAUCUGGCCUUGGAAAUAUCUGGUUCCUUUUUUCCAGAAAGACGUCUUUGCAAGACGUGAUGCAAGGGAGGCUGGACUGCUGAAGUCUACGACAGAAGUUGCAUUCAAUAACUCAUACGACGUGGAAUCUCUUGUGAUGCCAUUCCGCGAAUUCAUACAUCAUCCAGUAGCUCACGAGCUCAUCCAUAAUGGUGCAACGUUUCAGAUUGCAGGUCUCACCAAUAAUUCUUGUUCGCCCGAGGCGAAACAGAUUCGUGCUUGUGUGGUUGACCACCAGCACCUCGGACGUUUCGUGCUCGAAGUAGCUAAGAGAAGACUGGACAAUAUGCUCUAUGUCGGCCUAACCGACAACCAGAAAGAAUCUGUUGAGUUUUUUGCGAACGUUCUUCGUGGUCAACUCUCGCUGCAACACAAAAUCAGUCUUCCACGAGUGGGAAAUCUGGCCGUCAAGGCUUCUACUGAAAAAAAUCAGUACGGGCCUCGGAACCCACGACGGAGAGCAGCCGCUGAUGGCAAGAGGAGAUUCUCGACGCAAUCUUUACAAGACCCUGUUCCCAAAAAUACAUCACUAGUGUUGAUUGAGGAUGUGAUAGAUGAGCUCCUGGAAUCCUAUCAGGGAUGCGUUGCAGACUUGCGCUACACUCAGGAAAACCGUCGUGCGCUGUCGCUGGAACUCAUAGCCCCAAUAAAUUACACGAAGAAGGAGAGAAAGCUGAUACCGGAGAGCGUCAUAGCACAGGUCAUCCAUCUUAAUAGUCUAGAUGUCGAGCUCUACUCGCAUGCCCAACUUUUAUUCGCCAAGCAGCAAUUCGUCCUCGAGCAUGGUCUGCCGGACGUGGUACUCGCUACCAACAACGAAAGGCCUUCGUCACUUGAUUCGAGCGAGCAGACGGACAUUGUCCAGCAACAGGAGCCUUCGUUGCAGAACAUGCAGCAAUCUUUCAGCGUUGUCAUCGGUUUCGCUACCGUUUUCAGUUUGUCCGGGUUGAUAUUGUCUAUAUUUUUACUGCGAAGAAAGAAGUCGUUAAGAGAACGGACUCCAAGUCGUGUACUUCAUCCCCUUUUUACCAGAGUACACGAGAAGAUUUGAAGUCCUUGGAUUGUGCCCUUGUAUUUUCUUCGGAAUUGAUUUUCAAACAACAGAUAGAACAAACCCCGAAGAAUGUCGUCACGAAAAGAAUCGAGCUUCACGAAAUUCUGAGCGCAGGAUUAGUAUAGAGGGGCGAUUGCUUGGUUGGUCUUCCUAGUAAUCCAGGUCCUUGAUUACAAUCAGUGAAUCAGUGAAUCA